AUGGAUGGGGAGACCUGGUAUGGGUGGGUGGAUGGCUCCCAUCACUUCCUCUUGCAGAGUCUUAUGGAGAUGAAGCUUAAGGAAGGAUCUUACGGGAAAGACUGUCGAGGUGAGAUCCCUGUGAGGCCCAAGAGUACCCCUAAAGAGGACACGUGUAAGAUGAAUGAGCUCUCCAAACUUGGAGAAGACCAUCAGGACCCAGAGGAGAAACACGGCCAUCUGGAGUCACAUGUUUUGGGAGCUGAGGUGACGGAGGGGGCUACGGUCCCCUCCUCCUCACCCAUAUCUUCCACCCCCUCUGUCCUGUUCCCCGACAUCCUGGAGGAGGUGGGUGGUGCUGCGACACAGAGCCCUCCCCAGAGCCCUGAGGGUGCCUGUCCUUCUCCCCCUGCUAUGGCUACCGCUCCAUGGAGCCAAUCUGAAGAUGAGGGCUCCAGCAGCCAAGAUGAGGAGGGGCCAAGCAGCGGCGAGGACUCCGAAGAUGCCGAGUCCUCGCUCCAAGGCGCCUUAAAUUUGAAGAUAACCGACCCGGUGGUCUUCCUGCUCCUGAAGUAUCGCAUCAAGGAGCCAACCACAAAGGCAGAAAUGCUGAGUCGUGUCAUCAAAGAAUACGGAGACCACUUCCCUAUGAUCUUUAGCCUAGCCUCUGAGUGCCUGCAGCUGGUCUUUGGUGUUGAUGUGAAUAAAGUGGAUGCUACAAAUCAUACCUAUGUCCUGUCCACCACCCUGGGCCUCACCUACAAUGGGAUGGUGAGCGAUGGGCACAACAUGCCCAGGACCGGCCUCCUGGUCAUGCUCCUGGGCUUGAUCCUCCUGGAGGAUGACUGUGCCCCUGAGGAAGAUAUAUGGGAAGCGCUGGGUGACAUGGAGGUGUAUGCUGGGAGGGAGCAUAGCAUCUAUGGGGAGCCCAGGGAGCUCAUCACCAAAGUUUGGGUGCGGGAACAAUAUGUAGUGUACCGGCAGGUUGCCAACAGCGAUCCUGCUCGCUACGAGUUCCUGUGGGGCCCCAGGGCCCACGCAGAAACCAGCAAGUUGAAGGUCAUGGAGUAUUUGCUCAGGGUCUAUAGACAGGAUCCCAAUUCCCUCCCAUCCCUGUCUGAAGAGGCUGACGGCAAUGAGGAAGUGGGAGCCUGA